GACGGAGGACGAGGCGCGGCGACCACUCGGAGAAGAAGUGGACGAGCAAAGACAAGUACUGAAGUCGACGCUGAAGCUGGCUCUCCAAACGGCUCAUCGCACGAGACUCAACAGUUCUUUGGCGACGGACACCUACACGUGCCCGAAGGCUCACAAAGUGAUCGACGCGGUGAGCAACGAGCUGGAGGGGUACAAAAACCACUUGGAUCACCUACGCCACGGAUCUGCGGAGGACAAGAAGAAGAUGAAGGAGAUCGGCUCCCCCGCGCCCAGCAUGGGCCUAGCGGCCCUGGAGGGAGACUACCUGAAGAAGACGAACCCCCCCGACGAGCAUAUGGGUCCAGAAAUAUCGAGGGACGAUCUCGCCGAGGAGAUCAGUUUCAUACGGCUCGAGAACUGUUUCGACACGGGGAACAUGAAACUUCUGAUCAUUGGAGCUCCCGAGUGGGGAGGCAGGAAGCUGCUCAUGAGAGCAUUCCGUUCAGAGGGCACGGUCACCCACCAUCACGGAGUAGCGCCAGCGGGCUGGCUCGAGGACGAG